AUGGUUGAGACGAAUGGUGGAAAAGUUUUAUUCUCUCUUCUUCCCUAUGGAACUGAUUUUGUUGUUGUCAUUGAUGACCACAAUCAGAACGCUUCCAUUCAUCCAAACCUACAAUAUAUCUAUGACAAGGCAACAAAGUAUAAAGUGCCAAUUGUGUCUGACAAAUAUGUAUACGAUUCUGUCAGUGCUACCACUCUGAAAUCAACAACACCUUAUCAGUUCAUCCUAGACACCAAAAUGGAGGCAGUGGACGACAACACCACAAAUAUCAGUGAAGAACUGUCAUCAAAUCUAAACUCUACUGUUCUUGAUGAUAAUGAAUCAUUCAAUGAUAUGUUCGAUCUGUUUAGCAAUUUCGAUGACCCAGUCACUGUACAUGUUGUACCAACCUCCUCUCCAGCUCUCCCUACCCAACCAGAAGCACUUACAGAGGAUCCACCAGAUAUAUUUGAUAUGAAUAUCGAAUCUCCAUACCACAAGAAUCUUGACCACGACAUUGGUAAUGCAUUCAUUUUUGGUCAUCCAUCGGACGGCAGUCUUGAACCUCUCAAUCCACCCAACCGAACGAGAGCAUUAUCAGUCUCACCAUCUGGCCUCAUGACAUAUAUCAACAUGGACAGACAGCUCUAUUGUUGGGGAGUGGAUGCAAAUCGUACUGAUCGACCCACUCGUGCUACACCUCACUCAACAAACAAUUCCACAGCAUUUGUUGAUGUGGCAUCUACAAAGGACAACAUUGUAGCUGUUGACAGCGAUGGCCAUUGUUGGGAGAUCAUCAUUCAAAGUGUACAAAAAGGAAGAAUCAGACUACAGCCACUUGCCGGACUGUCAGUCUCCAUUAGAAUGGUGUCAUGUGGAAAAGAGUUCUGUGCUGCCUUGACAGAGGCUGGAAGAAUAGUGACCUGGGGCACUAAUGACCUUGGACAACUGGGACGUCACACACCAGUCUCCAGAGUCAAACAUCACAUCAAUAGUGUUGGAUACAUUGAUUCAAUGAACAACGUCACCACUGUUUGCUCUGGAGACAACCACACACUGGCCAUCAACUCUAGCAACGAUGUCUAUGGAUGGGGAUCAAACAACCACCACCAACUAUUGGCAGAGAGGAUCAAAUUCCAAGUCCAACCUACAUUGAUUCCACACGAUGGACAAGGCCAGACACGUCCAAUCAAAGUAUUCUGCAAUGUCAACUAUACUAUUAUCAUUAAUGGACAUGGAGUUCAAUCAUUUGGAUACAUUGGAGUCAUUGAACCUCGUUUGGAAACAUUGAAACAAAUGAAUCUCCAUCAGCACUUGGAUCAUUUCGAACUCUUUAAGUACAAGAGUGAGUUUGGUUUCAAGAUCAUCAACCCUUGCCGUACGGCACAUUACUUGAUCACGUUGAACAACCCUGAACUCCUACAGGCUCACCUAUCAACCGAUUUAUCAUUGCUCUCCAAGGACAAUCAAAAUGAGCUGAUCCAUCAUGCCAUCACACAGAACUCACUCAAAUCUCUUCAGGUGCUAUUUAGACUAUUUGAUUCGUACGCCAAUCCAGAAUGUCUGGAGCAGACCAACACCAAGCUCACACCACUCCAUUCAUCAGUCAGGGCAAAGUCACAUGAUAUACAACGAUACCUCCUUGGACAACCACAAUUCAUUCUCUACAUCAAUGCCACUGACAGUUCUGGUAACACUCCACUGCACUAUGCCGUCCAAUCCAAUUCAACAGAGUCUAUGCGAUUAUUGUUGGAGAAGGGCUGUGACAGGAAUGUAAAGAACACUGAUGGUCAGACUUCACUUCAUCUAGCUGUAAAGUCUAACAAUAUAUCAUUGCCAAUGCUAUUACUUAGACAUGGAGCCCAAUCAAUGCCAGAUAGGUUUAUGAAGACUCCACUUCAGUACGCAACAGCACAAUGGAAGCCAGCUCUUCAAAAGAUCAUGUUUGACAACCCCGUAUUCCUGUCCUACGCACACAAGGACAUCAAGUUUGUCAGAGAGUUACGAGUCGGACUUGAAACCUACUCCAUCAGGUGUUGGUUGGAUGAGUAUAGACUACAGGCUGGUUGUGAUUGGCGCGAGGAGAUUACCAAAGGCGUUGAGAACGCUCAGGUCAUCGUCUACACUGUAUCAGAGACAUCAUCAAUAUCACUUUGGUGUAGGAAAGAACUAAAGAUGGCAAGGAAACUUGGAAAGACUAUCAUUGCUAUCUACCUACAUGAUGUUGAGGUGGACCCAAUUCUCAAAGGACUCUUUGACUUUGAACUCAAACCUCAUCAAUCACCAAUGGACUUUGGCUCCAUUCCAAGUGAACAAUGGCUAGAACAUUUUGAACGACUGUCAAAGGUUAUCAAGAGUGUUCUUGGUGGAAGUAAGCUCCAAAGAAAGAGACUGGCCCAAAUGGAGAUCAACUCGAACUAUCCUCAUGGAACUAUCUACUUUAGCUUUAGUAACUCUGAUCUAAAGCUGUUCAAUCUAAUCCGAGAGAUGUUGUUGCUCAAUGGAUUACCUGUGAUUGACCGAGAGCAAAUCUUUGGCAAUUUAGAUACUAUUGUCGCAGAUCAAGAUACCAAAGGCUCUAGGCCCUCACUGGACACAACCAAGCAAUCCAAAAGAGGAAUGCGUCUCAUUACCAAGUACUCAUUCACACAAGACAUCUUUGACUUUGAGACUGAGGUUCCCAUCAUCCAGGUCUACAAUGGAGUGUCAUCAGAUGGAAAGGAUGACAACUCAUCAACAACAACUACAUCAUCAUCAUUGGAGAGUCUACUUAUGGCUACACAACAUGAAUCAGAUUUCUUUGCAAAGGGCACCACUAGCAAAGAGGUUGACCAAGUUAGACCAUACAUCAAUAAGUGUCUUUUACAUUUGGUCCUCUUCACUGACGAUUCAAGUUUGCCUCAUGUGAUGAAAGAGUUGGAGAUGGCCAGACAAAUGGACAAGCAAUUGUUGGUUCUCUCAACCGACAUAAGCCACAAGAGGAGGUGUCCAGAUAUUCUCAAAGGCUUGACGUGGGUCAUCAUCAAUUAUCAACAGGAGGAGGAGUUCAUUGAGAAGAUCAUGUUCAUGUAUGAGCUGCUCUACAGAACCCACACUCUGACCCAAAAGGUGUUGCAUAAACUGAAAAGCACUUCAUAG